CAGGCUCGCCCGGGGCGCUGAGCAGGCCGGGACUCCGCGGCCGAGGUUAUCGUUAGGCAUCUCCCAGGCGACCGGCUCCGCAGCAAGAUGGCGGACGAGAAAGUCAGGGAAGAGAUAAUAAUAGCAGAAUUUCACAAAAAAAUCAAAGAGGCAUUUGAAGUGUUUGACCAUGAGUCGAAUAAUACAGUGGAUGUGAGAGAGAUUGGAACAAUUAUCAGGUCAUUAGGAUGCUGCCCUACUGAAGGAGAGCUGCAUGAUCUGAUUGCAGAGGUAGAGGAAGAAGAACCCACUGGAUACAUUCGAUUCGAAAAAUUUCUCCCAGUGAUGACAGAAAUACUACUAGAAAGAAAAUACAGACCAAUUCCAGAAGAUGUCCUUCUUCGAGCUUUUGAGGUUUUAGAUUCAGCUAAACGUGGGUUUCUUACUAAGGACGAGCUGAUCAAGUAUAUGACCGAAGAAGAAGGAGUUUCGCUCUGUCACCCAGGCUGAAGUGCAGUGGCCUGAUCUUGGCUCAUUGCAACUUCCACCUCCCGGGUUCAAGCGAUUCUCCUGCCUCAGCCUCCUGAGCAGCUGGGAUGACAGGCACACACCACCACACCUGGCUAAUUUCUGUAUUUUUAGUAGAGACGGGGUUUCACCAUGUUGGCCAGGCUGGUCUCGAACUCCUGACCUCAAGUGAUCCUCCCGCCUCAGCCUCCCAAAGUGCUGGGAUUACAGGUGUGAGCCACUGCACCCGGCUGCUUCCUUAACUCUUGAUCUCCUCUCUGUAUCUUGCUUUGUCUAGCUGUUCUCUCCAUAUUCAUCCAAAUAUAGAAUAUCACCCUUCUUUAAUUUGCUUAGAAGUACCCAGAUGCAUGGCAUUGUAUGUGGUACACCUUGAAAGAAGGGUGAAGAAACGAGGGGGAGUGACUUAGUAGCACAUGACAGCACACAGUUUAAAUUUUAAUAUUAGCCCAUUUACAAAAAACAGCUUAUAUAAUAGUCAUUCACAUACCUCAACACUCACCAUCCCCUCCCCACUUUUUUUCUGGAGACAGGGUUUCACUGUCGCCCUGGCUGGAGUGCAGGUGGCAUGAUCACGGCUCACUGUAGCAUCGACCUCCUGGACUCAAGGGGCCCUUGGGCCUCAGCCUCCUGAGUAGCUGGGACCACAGGUGCAUAUGCCACCACGCCCAGCUAAUUUUUUUUAUUUUUUGUAGAGACAGGGUCUGGCUAUGUUGCUUAGGCUCGUCUCAAGCUCCUGAGUUCAAGCAAUCCUGCCACGUCAGCCUCCCAAAGUGUUAGGAUUACAGAUGUGAGCCACCGUGCCCAGCCAACGUUCACCCCUUUCAAGCGUGCAAUUCAAUGGAUUCUAGUAUCUUCACAGUGCUGUGCAACUAUCACUCCUAUCUACUUACAAAGCAUUUCCAUCAUCUUAAAAAGAAUCCCCAUGUCCAAUAGCAGUUCCGCUUCCCCCACCCUCAUCCUCGGGCAACCGCUAAUCUUCCUGUGUGUCUGUGGAUUUGCCUCUUCAGGGCAUCUCAUAUAAACACAAUCAUACAAUAUGUGGCCUUUUGUGUCUGGCUUCUUUCAUUUAGUAUAAGGCUUUCGAGGUUCAUCCAUGUUGUAAUGUAUAUCCUUAGUUCAUUCCUUUUUGUUAAGCUCACAAAAGCACUUUUUAUUUGAGGCAAGGAGACUGGCUACAGGGAUUAGAGUUGCAGCAGUCAAAACACAACUCCAAGUGGCACUAUUUGGACCGCCGAUUUUGCUUCAUUUUGGCUGGAAAAGGGUAUUCAGGAUGUACUUCUCCCAGCUGGACAAGAAAAAGGGCAAAGAAAACUGGAAGAGAUGUCUCGUCUACACAAACUGCUGUUUGGACACAGCAUCAACCUGACCACACCAUUGCUGGUCAGUCUGCAGGUCGCUGACCCACUGCUAAAGGACACAGGCCAUACUACACUUGCUA